GUCAUCAAGGCGCGUCCUCAAAUAGAGGGUUUGUUUUGAUUCCACGGCAGUCCGUAGCGAGUAGCGGCUGAUGAUGGCGGACCAAAGUGGUACACCACGUACUGAAACAACCGCUCCCAGGGGGAAAAACAAAAGUUUAGCAGAGAUGGUCACCCGAAAAAAAGAACUCGAUACUGCAAGAGGAAAACGUCGAGUAAACAUCGGCUCUGCUUUUGAGCAAUGGAGGGAACUGAUGAAGCUGCAGCCAGAGCUAAAAUCGGAUGAAAUGGUCGCGGAGUUUCUGCUGGAAAGUUACGGAAAAACAACGUAGACGCCAGUAAAACAUGGUUUCAAGAGGCCUCCUCCGCCACCAUUGUCCACCAUUGCCGAAUCUUUUUCAGAACGAGAGGAGGAUUUCUCUGUUCAUGGAGGUGAGGGUUUGGACAGCUACUCGGCUGAGACCUCACUUCUCACAAUACAAGCAAGUGUUACAUCAGCAGAUGAAAGAUUGGGUGACAUCAAUGAGGACGCAUUUAAUGAUAUAACAAACUCUAUCAUUGACCACGAUGAGGACGAAUACGAUCCUUCUUGGCAUCCAGACAUGGAGGCGCAAUCAGAUUUGCUGUUGGAAGAGGAGGACACUGUAGAGGAAGACUCUGACUGCAAUGACAGCAACGACCCAGAUUACGUGCCACUUUUUCGUGUGUGCAAAGGCAGAUCUCUGAAUACUGGGUUCAUCCUUGAAGAAUGUCCAUCAGUCACCAUGGAAGACACUGUGCAUGACACGGGAGACGACACAGAUCAAGAUGAUCAUGAAGAAGAUCUCUCUGUGCUGGAGCAAGAGCAAGAGACACAACAUCUUCCCCAAAAAAAGCAAAGAAGGCAACCAAAUAGAUCAGAGAUAACUGUUGAGGUGGAAGAGGAUAUAAUUGGCAAACCGGCUUCUAUUGCUUACCAUGACUGUCUGAGGCAGCUUUGUGAGUUUGUUGCUUUGCCAAUAGAUUCUUGUAAUGGGAAGGACCCCAUCACCCAAAAACAAUGUCAGGCAAAAGGACCUUUUGAGAUUAACAUCAAGUCAAGGGUCACAGCUGCCGUCAUUGAAUGGCUGUGUCCUCAAGGUCAUAUCGUGUGGCGGUGGUCUUCCCAACCAACUUUAAAAUUUGGCAGUCAGUUAGGAGACUUUCUAAUGGCCACCAACAUUUUGCUCACAGGCAACAACUACACAAAGGUGAAAAUGCUUUUCAACUUCAUGAAUAUGGGGAUGAUCAAUGAGAGAUACUUUGCGGGCAUCCAAGACAACUACUGUGUGGACACUAUAAAGGCGUUCUGGAAUGCGAGAAGAGCCAAAGUGAUUGCCAAUGUGAAGACAUUAGGACCAACUGUUGCUCUCGGAGAUGGAAGGAUGGACAGUCCAGGAUUCUGCGCCCAGUACUGUACGUACACUGCCAUGGACAAUGCCACAAGACAAAUAAUCAACGUGGUGAAUGUGGACAAGCGUGAGACUUCGCGGAAAUCGACCAACAUGGAGAAGGUGGCCUUUAUAGAGACAUUAGACACGCUGAAGCAAGAUCUUGAUGUCAUUGAGUUCUGCACUGAUGCACACAGCCAAAUAUCGGCCCUAUUCAACAAAAACAAAGGGCUGUACAAGGACAGUGGCGUCAAGCACACGCUGGAAAUGUGGCACGGAGCCAAGAAUCUUGGCAAAAAAAUCCAUGCUGCCGGCCUCCAAAAAGGCUGUUCACUAUUACUUGUCUGGAAGAAGGAUAUCUGCAACCACUUUUGGUACUGCUGCAAGGCAGCAAAUACAGUGGAGGAUUUCUGGGACAUGUGGACAGGAUUGCUACACCAUGUCACCGGAGAACACCAGUGGGGACUUGGCGGCUGUUACCAUGGCCCAUUGGAGGAAAAUGGCAACAAGGAGCUUAUUCCAAAGGGAAGCACUGCACACCGCAAAAUCACAGAACUGAUCAUGGAUGAGAGGUGGUCAAAGACGAUUCCAAAGUACUUGACCUUUAGAUCCACUGGUGCCCUGGAGUGUUUCCAUGCACACCUUCUGAUGUACGCAUCAAAACGAAUCGCCUUCGUACCACCUGUGUAUGCGGCCCGAACACUUUUAGCUGCCCUCGACUACAAUGAACACUGCAGCCGACCCUACUAUGUGAAGGCAGAUGGCAAAUACAGCUACCACAAAAUGUACAACAAAAAAAGCGGUGGCUUCUGUCUGUACAUAAAGAAGGUCAAGAAGAGUUAUGAGUACAUAAAAGACCGCCAGUGUGCCAUCCUACGCUGCAAGUUGGACCAGUUGGCGGCAGGGAGGGGCAUGCCUCGGAAAAGAGCGAUGAGACCAGAUGACCCCCGACGACUUGGGACUCUCAGUGGUGUCCCUGCACCAUCAACGGAACAAAUUUUGGAGACUCAACGCAGCAGAGGUCGUGGUGAACCACUCCCGCAAAAGUAGAAGACGAUCUGCACCAACCAGGGCUUGUCCUGGCAUCAAACCUGCCGUCUUGUCUGAAAGGACUACCAGAGAACUCCGGAUAUAAAGCAAUAUUUUGAAAAUGUAGACUUAUGUCAUUGGUUUCCAUAAUGUAAGAUGUGUGUUUUUGGGAUCACUGAAUUCCCUCAGUAAGAUUUUUAAACAUUAAAACUUUUUUUCAUAAAAUCAAA